AUGGACGCAGCGGGUACCUCCAAGAGAGGCCGUCGUCCUCCUAGCAAGAAGCUCAAGUUCAAGCCGAAAGUGCCGUCGCGCAAGCCAAAAAAGCCACCUGCACAAAAGCCACAAUUAGAAGAGACAAAAACAAUUGAUGAAGAGUUAAUGAAGACACUGAGGACAGGACGAGGAGAUGCAAAAACUUUGCGAGUUAUAAAAGAUGAGCAAUCGGCACAGAAUCCUGACUCGAAGACGCUCUCUUCUGCAGCCGGAGUUAGCUUCCAAGCGGCGCAGUCAGGAAAGCAGAAGCAACCAAAAAAUUCUCAGAAGGCACUUCAAAUCCCUAGGGCCUUCCCUGCCAAUCCAGAAAGGUUCUACGGUGAUGAAGAUGACAAGGACGAGGACGAAGAUGAUGAUAAUGUUGUUCGAGAAGAUGAUAAUGAUGUUGAGUUACCGGAGUCUCUCCCAAGCUCAACCGAAUGUGAAUCUUCCAUCCAUCCAGCGAAAGAGCUCAAUCUGCUCGAACACGACGACAAGACAAGGAUGUUCUUGUUUCAGUUGCCGAAAUCUCUUCCUCUGCUCAGAACACCAUCCACUAUAGUUCAUAGGAAUGGAAGGGCCAUUGUCAAGGAGGUGAAAGAAGGGUACAACCUGAAUGAUCUGCCAGAGGGGUACAUGGGCAAGAUGCUGGUGUACAAGAGCGGCAAGGUCAAGAUGAAGCUUGGAGAUGCCGUGUUCGAUGUGAGCCCGGGCACGGAAUGCGGGAUGCAGCAGCACGCAGUAGCGGUGAACACUAGAAGGAAACAUUGCUGCCAGCUUGGGGAGAUCGAGAGGCAGCAUGUCGUGGUGACCCCGGAUGUCAACUCCCUGCUGAAUGACAAUAGGGACUAG